UUUGUGAUAAUCUUUAGCUUUACAAGUUUUGUAUAACUGAAAUAAGUAUAUAAAAUGAAAGAAAUUUCAUCCCCUAAUCCAUUUCGUCAUAUCCCCCAUGAUGCAGCUCAAGCCUUACUCGCCAAGAUGUCGGCUUGAGCACAACUGAGCAGAACAUUUCACAUAAGUAUCUACAACAUAGCGGAGGCUCGAGGUCAAACCACCUUGUGAUAUCAUUUAGGGAAUUACAAGGAAGAACGUAAUCCUAGGAAUUGAAACCGUGUUUAUUUUAAUUGAUCGGUUUCUUAUAAGCUUGAAAUCGUGUUUGUUUUGGCAGUAAUAGUUGCAAAGACGAUAGUGUUGCCCUCCGCGGUUGGCUUGCAGUGUUUAUACGGAUUAUUUCACCAUGUCUGAAGUCAGUCAAGAGUCUAUUAUCAUGACAUUAUUAGAGCAGAUACGAGCGCUCGAAGAAGAGAGAGAUAGUGCUUUAGAACUUGCUAAUAAACUCAAAGGAUCAAAGACUACGGAAUGCAACUCCGGAAAUGACGAAGAAGCAACGAGUGAAAAUGAUACUUUGCAGUCAGUUCUAAUGGGUCUGGAGGAAAUGCGAAUGAACGAAGAACAGCGACAAAUUAAUUUAGAGGAGUCGCAAAAAGUUAAAAACAGGGAAUCAGGGAUGGACAACGAGAACUAUAAGGAAAUGCUGGAAAUGUGUAAAAAAUAUUACGGGAAAAUGGUCAGUGAACUGCAGCAAGAAAAAAGUUCACUUCAAAAGAAGGUUGAAUCCCAGCAAAGUCAGCUGCUAGACAAAGACAUGCUUAUCGCAGAGUUACAAAUGAAGCUUGGGAAACAUAAACCAUGAGAUGAACAUUUAAAGAUUGUUGUGCUCAACUGGACUAAAUGUGAAUAACAUUUACUUUUGCACUGUAUACAACUAAUGAAUACCAGUCGUUUCCUCCCGACCAGUUCGUUCAUAAACCAUGGACGGAUAGGCUAGCUAAUAGAUAUAUAGACAGGGCCAUUUUUUAGCGGACCAUUUUCUUUUUAAGUAACUUGUUUAGCUUGCAGUGGUGGUUACUUCCAACCCCCCCCCCCCCCCCCCUGGUUUCGGACCUGUAAAGAGUACAUGCGCACAAAAAUAUGUCUAUUUUUCGUAUACAACAAAAAAGGAAUAGCACAUACAUUUCAAUCUGAAAUUUUUAGAGGCAUGCAAAUGCUUAAAAGUCAAGAUACAUGUUAAUUUUAAUCUCUCAGCCAAUGAGAGUAAAACUUUGAUUAGAGUUGCCAUAAGGUGUAACAUCCAAUAUACACACAUUAAUCACACUUAAUUAUAAAAGCACAGUUAAUUAGUAGUGUUUGUAUCUUGAAAGUCAGAAGAAAGGGGAGUAAAAUGUCUAAAAAAUGCCUUGAAUCUAAAUUGUAACCAUUCUCAAGCUCAAAACUUUUGAAAAUAAUUAUAUCAGACACCAUGGAUAGAAUGGGUAUUAAAUUAACUUUUCCCCUGUUACCUCCCAUAUCCUUAUCUUUAAAUCCUUUAACAACGAGUACACAUGCUCAUAAGCCUAUGAUACCUAUAAUCAUUAAUGUUAUUUCAUUAUAUGCUUUUUCAAAAUGUUGAAUUCAUCUUGAUCAAACGAGUUUUCAUAUCUUAGGGUCGAAAGUAACAAUGCAAAAAUGUAUCUACUUCUAUUGAACAAUAAACCUGACAGACUCAA